AUACGUUUUUAGAUACGCAGCGAAACGGUUGAUUUGUAAUUUGCUUGAUCGAAAAUAAGAAAACAAAUGUCUUUCUAUGGAAAGUAAAUAAUUAAAAAAGUCUUAUUCUUCAAAUACACAAUUAGUUUGUUCUGGAUGGUUGUUUAAAACAAACAAAAUUGAUCCAUUUUUCUUAAGUGCCUCGAGACCUUACAAAGCAGUUCGAAGAUAAUUCAAAAAAAUCAAUAAUAAAUAAAAAUGAAGUUAUCAAUAAUUGGUGCCAUAUUUUUACUGGUUCUUACUCAGUUCUCAUCUGCAUACAAGAUACUUUUUAUGGGACCAUUUCCUGCUCCAAGUCAUUGGUUAUGGCUUGAGCACUUCGUAAAUGAACUAGUUAGUAGAGGACAUCAAGUCACUACAAUUACAAAUUUUCCUUCAAAGCAACCUAAUGAAAAUCUGACUGAAAUAAUAUUGAAUCCUAAAUUCGACAUUCCUAAGUAUUAUCCAAAAAGUUCAAUUUUUAACAUGCGCUUUAGCAGCGAUUUCCAAAACCUACAAAUGUGGUGGGAACUAGGUGUUCGGACAUCCGAAUACGCUCUCAACAAUGCCAAAGUGAAAAAAUUUAUUCAGAGUGACGAAAAGUUUGAUUUAAUUAUCCUGGAGCAGUUCUUCCACGAAAGUUUCCUUAUGUUCGCUCACAAAUUCAAUGCACCAAUCGUAACAAUAGGAACUAUGGGCUACGCUGAUAAUAUGGAUCACACUAUGGGUCUUCUGACACCACUGUCUAUUGUUCCCCAUUUAUUAUUAUCCUAUACUGACAAUAUGUCAUUCAAAGAAAGGGCUUACAAUACAUAUUUGUCGCUUUACGAUUACGUCUUUCGUAGAUGGCAUUAUAUGCCACAGAUGCAGGAUAUGGCUGAACGUCAUUUCAAGGACGCUAUAAAGGGACCUUUACCGUCGGUUAGAGAUUUGGAGAAAAAUAUUUCCUUAAUGUUAGUAAACAGUCACCGUAGUCUUGAUUUGCCAAGACCAAGUAUGCCCGGAUUGGUUGAUAUUGGAGGUAUUCACAUAAAGCCAGCCAAACCGCUUCCCAAGGAUUUAAAGGAGUUUAUUGAUAAUUCAAAGAACGGUGUGAUAUAUUUCAGCCUUGGUUCCUAUAUGAAGAGUACGGAUAUGCCGCCAGAAAAAAUUCAAAUAAUUCUCAAGGCCUUUAGCAAAGUUAAACAAAAUGUUCUUUGGAAAUACGAAGAUGACAGCAUAAAGAACCUCCCUAAAAACGUAAUGAUUAAAAAAUGGAUGCCUCAAAAUGACAUUUUGGCUCAUAAGAAUGUUAUCCUAUUCAUAACUCAUGGUGGCCUAUUCGGAACACAAGAAGGAACACACUGGGGCAAACCAAUGUUAUGCAUUCCCUUGUAUGGAGAUCAACAUCGAAAUACAAUUAAGGCAGUUCGUGAGGGUUAUGCAUUAUCGUUAGUAUUUUCGGCUUUGACAGAAACCAAAAUAAUUACUAUGAUCAAGGAACUUACUGAGAAUCCACAGUACACUCAUAAGGCAAAAGAACUAUCAGCGCUUUUUAGGGAUAAUCCAAUUCAUCCUAAGGACGAAGCAAUGUUUUGGAUUGAAUAUGUGAUAAGGAACAAAGGGGCACCAAAGCUAAAGUCUUACGGAGUUCAUGUGCCAUUUUACAAAUAUCUUUUACUAGAUGUGUUCUUUGUGUUCUUGGGUUGCGUGUGUAUUAUAUUUAUUUUAACGUUUAAAAUUUUAAAAUUUGUGAUUUCAAUUUUCAAGAAGACUCAGCCAUCAAAAACGAAAAAUGAGUAAGCUGCAGUUAUAAACAAAAAAUAUGUAGUAAAUUUAUUUUUUAUAAGAGUGUUUAUAAUUUUAAAUAUAAUAAAGACAUUUCUC